AUGAAGACCGCUGCUGCAUCCGCCUUGCUGGUGGCCCUCUCCGCCACGCUUGGUCAGGCACGUCCUGUCGCCGAUGAACGCUAUCCAUACACUGGACCGGCCGUUCCCGUGGGAGACUGGGUGGACCCGACUGUCAAUGGCAAUGGAAAGGGCUUUCCGCGUCUGAUUGAGCCCCCCGCUGUCCGGCCCGCCAGCGCCAACCCUCGCAACAAUGUGAACGUCGUCUCCUUGUCGUACAUCCCCAAGGGCAUGCAUAUUCACUACCAGACCCCGUUUGGACUGGGACAGACCCCAUCCGUGAUCUGGGGCAAGAGUCCUCACCAGCUUAACAAGGUGGCCCGCGGUUAUACCCACACCUAUGCCCGCACGCCGUCCUGCUCCGAGAUCAAGAUCAUCACCCAGUGCAGCGAGUACUUCCACGAAGUCAGCCUGGAAAACCUCGAGCCUGGGAUGACCUACUACUACCAGAUCCCGGCCGCCAACGGCACGACCAAAUCGGAAGUGCUGAGCUUCAAGACCGCGCGCGAGGCCGGUGACAAGGGCUCCUUCAGUGUCGCCGUGCUGAAUGACAUGGGUUACACGAAUGCGCACGGCACGCAGAAGCAGCUGAUCAAGGCGGCCAACGAGGGAACGGCCUUCGCUUGGCACGGCGGUGAUAUCAGCUAUGCGGACGACUGGUAUGAAGGCACCCUGGCGUGCGAGUCCUCCUGGGAUGUCUGCUACAACGGCACCAGCACGGAGCUGCCCGGGGACCUGCCACUGCCGGACGAGUACAAGAAGCCGCUCCCCGCGGGGGAGAUCCCCAACCAGGGUGGUCCCCAGGGUGGCGAUGUCAGUGUCAUCUACGAGUCCAACUGGGACCUGUGGCAGCAGUGGCUCAACAAUGUGACGGUCAAAAUCCCCUACAUGGUCAUGCCAGGUAAUCACGAAGCCGCAUGCGCGGAGUUCGAUGGGCCGGGCAACAUCCUGACGGCUUAUCUGAACGAUGACAUCGCUAAUGGCACGGCUGCCGAGGAUAAGCUAAACUACUACAGCUGUCCUCCUUCUCAACGGAACUUCACCGCCUACCAACACCGCUUCCGCAUGCCGGGCGAGGAAACCGGCGGCGUGGGCAACUUCUGGUACUCGUUCGACUACGGCCUGGCGCACUUCGUCUCGAUCGACGGCGAGACCGACUUCGCCAACAGCCCCGAGUGGCCCUUCGCGGAGGACAUCAAGGGCAACGAGACGCACCCCACGGCGGAGGAGACCUUCAUCACCGACAGCGGCCCCUUCGGCGCGGUGGACGGCAGCUACAAGGACACCAAGAACUACGCGCAGUACAAGUGGCUGCAGCAGGACCUGGCCAAGGUCGACCGCAGCAAGACCCCCUGGGUGUUCGUCAUGAGCCACCGCCCCAUGUACAGCUCGGCCUACUCGUCGUACCAGCUCAACGUGCGGGAGGCCUUUGAAGGCCUGUUGCUGAAGUAUGGCGUGGAUGCUUACUUUUCGGGACACAUCCACUGGUACGAACGCCUGUACCCCCUCGGCGCCAACCAGACCAUCGACACCGCCAGCGUCGUCAACAACAACACCUACAUCGCCAACAACGGCAAGUCGAUCACUCACAUCAUCAAUGGUAUGGCGGGCAACAUCGAGAGCCACAGUGAGUUCAGCGAUGGUCAGGGGCUGACGAAUAUCACGGCUGUGUUGGAUACCGUGCACUACGGGUUCAGCAAGUUGACGGUCAAGAGCGAGACGGAGGUCAAGUGGCAGUUCAUUCGUGGGGAUGAUGGGUCGGUUGGCGAUGAGGUUACGUUGCUGAAGCCUUCUGCUGUCAAGGCGAAGGGGAAGGGCAAGGGCAGUGGAAAGGGGUAUUCUGGCUUUCGGGCUUGA